AUGGAGAUUUCACUUGAAGAUGUUGAUAUCUCGUCACCCAACUUUGAGUACGAGGGAGCUCACAAGGCAUUCAGGGAUCGCUGGGAAAAGACGGAUGAGACAAUGUGUCGCCAUAGCAUGUCCUUCCACUUGCACCACACCAUGAGGACCGACUUCUUUGUCAGCUACCUCUACCUGCUGGAGAAAAUCCCUCUUGUCAAACUGUUUCCUGUCACCUGCGAGUACAUCGAAGGAGAGAAGCAGUUCUACUACAGAGCCCAGCAGUUCUAUGAGGAUGUCCCCGCCUCCGAGGAGGGAAUGAUGGGAGACUUUGUGGAGAUAUCCAAUGUGGAUCUGGAGGGCUCCCGCCAGUUCCUGAAGAGGUUUGUGGGUCCCGGCAAGGCCGGCACGCACUGCGCUCUGGACUGUGGCUCCGGUAUCGGCCGUGUGACCAAAGGUGUCCUCCUUCCUGUCUUUGAGAAAAUGGAGAUGGCGGACAUGAUGGAGCACUUCCUCCUCCAUGCGCACGAGGAGUACCUGGGGGAUGACGCCGACCGCAUUGAGACCUACUACUGCUACAACCUGCAAGAAUUCACCCCCCCCAAAAAUAAGUACGAUAUCGUCUGGAUGCAGUGGGUGGCAUGCCACCUGACGGACAAAGACCUGAUGAACUUCCUCAUCCGCUGCAAGAAGAGCCUGCGUCCAAACGGCGUCAUCAUCAUGAAAGACAAUAUGGCGCGACAAGGCUGCAAGUUGGACCCCAUCGACAGCAGCAUCAGUCGGCACCUGGACAUCAUGAAGUGCAUCAUCCACAAGGCCGGCUUGGAGGUCCUGGCUGUGGAGAAGCAGGAGGGCUUCCCUGAGAUCAUCAUGCCGGUCUGGAUGAUCGCGAUGAAGUAGAAUCCCAUAAACUAUUCAUCUAGUUGCCAUGUCAUAUCGCAACAAGGUGUGGCAGUAGUUUUUGGACAGAAGGAAGCGGCGCCAGCAGGUCACCUAUGUGCGGUGAGGUUCGGCGGCAGUCAAACAAGGCGUGCCACACGGCUCUAUGCUCUGCCCCCUCUUUGUCACAAUCAAAACUACCGGGGUAUUAGCACCGUUUCACAACGUGACUGUGAUAAGUGAAUUUUCGCAGAGCAUUGAAAACCUGUUCAGAAAAUCUCAUCAUCAGAGCCCUCCAAAGAAGAAAUAACAUCCCUAUAGUCACUUUAGCACUACUUUAUAGUCGACAUAAGUCAAAAAUAAGCCAUGUGAAUGAUAAUUAAGAUGCAUUUUUGUUCAUUUAGCCAUUUUUAUGCUUGAACAUGUUUCAUUAAGAUUUGCUUAAAUAUGCAUUUUUGUAUCGGAUUUGUCGUAGAAUAGGAUAGGACGUGGCGAGGGACAACUGUACAGUCAGUUACACAAAUUUUCCGCUAGUUGGCGUU